AUGAAUAACACCACCAUCUCCGAUCCAACUUCCGGCGACGGCGGGUUCCUCGGAUCGGAAAAAAUUGGAGGGUUCGGUUAUACAGUUGGUGUUUCAGCUGGCAUUGUACUAUUGAUUGCAACUAUAACUUUCACUUCAUACUUUUGUACAAGAAAUCAAAGAACACCAAGAAGACCACUACGAACGGCUAAUCGAAACGAACAUAGUUGUGUGGUGGAAAUGGGAAUUGAUGAAAAAACACUUUUGAGUUAUCCAAAGUUGUUGUACUCUGAAGCUAAGGUCAAUUACAAGGACUCAACAGCUAAUUGUUGUUCAAUAUGUUUGGCGGAUUACAAGAGUAAGGACAUGCUUCGAUUGUUGCCAGAUUGUGGACAUUUGUUUCACUUGAAAUGUGUCGACCCAUGGUUAUUAUUAAAUUCAAGUUGUCCAGUUUGUAGAAAUUCUCCACUGCCAACACCUUUGUCCACUCCUUUGGCUGAGGUUGUUCCUUUGGCAAGUUGA